CUCUUGUGUGACGAGACGAUCUGUGAACAAACUCUUCAAUCAAGCUAGUACACUCCUGACCGCCUGUGGAGUUCUAAAAAAAAAGACAUCCAUAUCAGUAUGAAAUUGGCUAUGUUGGCGACGAUGUUAGCAGCGGCUCUCGUGCUUGGAGUGGAGCAGGCCGCUGCGGCUCCAGCCGAUUCUUCAUUAGCAACGAGUCGCCGUCUUUUGCAUUCGUCGAAUCCGACCUCGCACACCAAAUCAAUGGAUUCAUGGCUGCGUUGGCUUCUAUUUCAUGCCCGAAUUGGAGAAAAGGAGAAAACCAAGAAUGCUGUACCUAUGGCCAAUUCUUUCCAGUUGGCGAGAACUCAAGUCGACCUCAGCAAUCCCAAACAACAAAAACUACCGAUCAGCAUCCAGGGCAAUAACAGCAACGACGAUGAUGACGCGACAGCAUUGGGAGAUGAAGACUUCGCAGACGAAGAAGUCCAACUUCUUUUACCGGAAGGGCGUCAAGCGGCCAUGAAGCGGCAGCCGGACGACUAUGGUCACAUGCGCUACGGUAAACGGGACUUUGACGACUACGGCCACAUGCGAUUUGGACGUCGUUGAAAAAACACACAAAAAAAAAUUAAAUAAGACAAACGAAAAAGAGUUACCCACGCGUCAGAUACAGCACAGCGUUCGCUUCCGUGUUAAUUUGUUGUCUUCCCCAAACUUUAGUUAUCGGCAGUACUGCGCUUAACCGCUACCAGAAAGAAACUCGUUUUUGUCAAUAUCUCCGAAUUAUUGUGGUCUUUUAUGGCCUGCUGUUACCCGUCUUCUCCUUGAAUCAUAAUGUUUUCAUACGUAUUUCCUCUUCGAUGUCGGCUAGAGCCAAUUCAGCCGCAUACAUAAAUACGUAUUCACCGAUGUAUUUCAAUUAUGUAUGACUCGGGCCUGCAUCUUAAAACCAGCACACAAACGACCAUGAAACGCUUUCCGUGAUGUUGCUAAUUCAAAGUUAUGGUGAAUAUAUCGAGUUAAAUACCAAGUAUAUCUUGAAGGAUGAAUACCUAUUCUGGCCAACUGGAUUACACACUUUGCCGUCCUU